AAGGAAAAGUCAAUAUUGGCGGAAGUGAAGGUAGAUUUUUUAAGAAAGAAGAGUUUGCUAAUUUUUCUCAACGUAUUUCAACUAGUGAAAUUGAAAACUUGAUAAAGAACAUGGAGAAACAACAUAAAAAAAACUAG